AUGCCUAUUCCAAAGACCUCUUCCGGGAUCCCGAAACUCGCCUUUGGGUGUGGAACUUACUACUACAAGUAUGGCAACAACACUGUUGACGAGAAGUUGGUUGCAAUGAUUAAAGCAACUUUGGCAAAAGGUGUUGUACACAUAGAUUCUGCCGAGGUCUAUAACGUUGACAAAGAAUUGGGUCUUGCAUUGGCCGAAUCCCACCUGCCUAGGGAAGAUUAUUUCAUCACCGACAAGUAUUUCGCAGGUACCAGCUCGUAUGAUGCCAGAUCAAAGGAAGCUAACCCAUAUUUGCAUCUGAAGGCCUUUCUGGAAAGAGUGAAUAUUCCAUACGUUGACCUUUACUUGUUGCACUCGCCGUUUAUCAAGAAGGAGACCCAUGGUUUCAGCCUGAGCGAGUCCUGGAAGUUCAUGGAGCAAUGUAAAAGGGAAGGAUUGGCUAAACGAAUCGGUGUUUCGAACUUUGCUAUAGAGCAUCUGGAGGAAAUCUUGAAAGUUGCCAAUGAAAAGCCAGAAGUGAAUCAAAUCGAGUACAACGCGUACUUGCAAAACCAGAGUCCGGGCAUUGUUGAGUUCAGUCAGAAGAACGGAAUAUUACUCGAGGCCUACUCUCCUCUAGGGCCAAUCACCAAAGGUGACAAGACCAGUGGUGUCGGGAAGGAGUUUGACGAUUACCUCACGUCGUUGGAGUCCAAAUAUGGCAAAACCAAGACUCAGAUUCUGCUCAAUUGGGUCGAGAAGAAAGGAAUCAUUCCAAUCACCACGACUUCAAAGGAAUCCAGACUGGACGAGUUCCUAGACGUUUUUAGUUUCGACCUGACUCCGGAAGAGGUUGAGACCAUCACCAAGAUCGGUGCCCAGUACAAGCCCCCACUCAGACAACAUUGGGUCCCAGAGUACGGAAAGUACGACAAUUUUCGUCAAACUCAAAAUCCAACAACGACAGACCAAGAGAAGCGUCGACUCCAAAGUCGUUCAACAUCAUCAGAUCCGUGUACGACCUCUGCUCUGGCUGUGGAUAGGCAGGACGUAUUGAUUGCUGAACUUGCGGCUGGGGCUGCAUGUUCAUCAUCGGAUACUGUUGUCAGUAUUGUAUCUAUGGCUAUCUCCAGGUGCUCCACGCAGGACUUGGAUAAACAUCCAAGGAACGAGAUGUCAGUCUCCAGCUUUAAGUCUCCAAUCACCGAGCUGAGCAGCGACUUGGAGUCCUGGAAUAGAGCACCACCUCUGGUGUAUUCGAGGGCUCCUUUAGCGGCCAAAAGAGCAAACCUUGCUUUUUGGCGAGAAGUGUUGAUCGGCAACGGGAGAUGGUAA